UUAGCAUUUGAGACCAACUACUCAUUUCAACUAGGGUGCAAACAUAUGAGGCUGGUCAUUCGUCGUUUUUCCAAUUUCCAAGUACGGUCACACUUUAUAUUUUUGGCCAUCAGAGUUCUGGAAGAUUCGUAACAUUUUGCCUAAAUCGUUAAGCUCGCGGACCUUUUUGAGGGGCAACAGUCAAAUACAGUGACACCGCAAAACGCUACAAACGCACUGCCGGCACACUCAGAAGAAAAACCCUCCGCACCCCUAUAUAGAAGACAAUCGUUCAGAACAGAAUAUUAGCACGCGAUUAAAAUGGCCAAAUGGGGAGAAGGAGAUCCGCGUUGGAUUGUUGAGGAGCGCCCCGAUGCCACGAACGUGAACAAUUGGCACUGGACAGAGAAGAAUGCGACACCCUGGUCAAAGGAGCGACUGCAUCAGCUGUUCCAGGACUUUAAAAUAGAACGAAACGAUAUCGAUUGCAUUGUGGAGGGCGUGGACAAGUGCAGUGGCGAGGCGACGGUCAACAAUCGCAAGGGCAAGCUUAUAUUCUUUUACGAGUGGGAGCUGGUGCUUAAAUGGUCCGGAUGCCUGCUUAAAAACAGCAAACUCAGUCACAAGGGCAAGCUGACAAUACCGAACUUGUCGGAGGAGAAUGAUUUGGAUGAUGUGGAGAUCACUGUGACAAUUGACGAGUCCAACGACGAGUCGGAGACCCUUAAGCAGUUUAUGUACAAUGUGGGUCGCGACAGUAUACGGAAGCAGCUGGGCGUCUAUAUCAAGGAGCUGAAGGAGGAAUACUCGAAGAACUUAAUACUACCAAAGAAGGGCGCCGAGAACAAUGGCCCAGCGUUGGCCGAUACUCAGCUAAGGGAUGCGAACAACGCCAAGAAUGCUGCGCAGAAGGCAGCGACGGCCGCAGGAGGAGGAACGAAUUCGCAAACCACAACCAAAACAUCCAAUAGUGGGACAAAUGUGGGCUGCAAACUAGAUGUGCGCUCCCUAUCCAUGGCCGAGGAGUUCCACUGCAACGCCAACGAUCUGUACAAUGCGCUCACGAAGCCCGACAUGGUUACUGCAUUUACACGCGCGCCGGCGAAGGUGGACGCCGUGCGUGGUGGCGAAUUCGUCUUGUAUGGCGGCAACGUUUUGGGCAAGUUUGAGGAACUCGUGCCGGAAAAGAAAAUACAACAGAGCUGGCGCCUGAAAAACUGGGCCUCUGGUCACUACUCGAAUGUCACUAUAGAGCUGGAGGAAACCUCCUCGAGCACCAUGAUGACGCUAAAGCAGACCGGCAUCCCCGCCUCCGAGUACGAAGCGAUGAGAACCAAUUGGCAUCGGUAUUAUUGGCACAGCAUCAAGCAGACAUUUGGCUUCGGCACCUCCAUAGCUGAUGCCCUAUAAAUUAUAAUUAUGUAUAUCCAUGGAACGCACUCAUUCACGAUUUCGACGAGCCUGCAAUACCAUAGGAGUUCCACUAUUUCUACGCCGCUGUUCGUUGAAAACCACUGCAUAACAUUUAUGUAUAUUUGUAAAUGGUACACGCAUAUAUACAAAAAUCGUACGACUCUUCUAGCUAUAAUUUCUGUGAGGCUGCGCCCUGCUUAUCUUAAAACAUACAUACUUAUUUUUGAAAUUGGUAUUUAAAAAAGGGAAUGUUUUCGCUAUCAUUGUCCAACCGCGAUGGCAGUAAUAAAUACCUUAAGUUUAGUAAACCUA